CCCACCUCCCCGCCUUCACUUUCCUUCUAUAUACUACAUUCUCUCACUAAAAUGAUGAGCUCAGAGCUCCCUCAGUCUUUGCUCAACUCAAGACGUCAUGUUGGUGUCCAUGCCGAGCGCGUCUCGGACGUCUGGAGCACAGAAUACCCUGGUCAUUACCCAGAUGAAGACCACAGUUGGGACAUGGAGAAGUUCAAGGAAGUGCGUUAUAAGCUGCAUGUUCCCUGCAACCUGCAAGUGAAGGUGCAGAGACUUUCACAACGAAGUAUCGAGUUCGACCUCGUAGGCGUCGAUGCUUCCAUUGCCAACGCGUUCCGGAGGAUCAUAAUUGCGGAGGUCCCAACAAUAGCCAUAGAACAUGUCUAUGUCUGGAAUAACACCUCUGUCAUACACGAUGAAGUUCUGGCACAUCGUAUCGGUCUUGUGCCGCUCUCUGCCGACCCUUCCACGUUGGACUUCCGAACACCAACCGGAUUCGGCGCAACACCAAACGACCGCAACACGCUUGUCUUUCGUCUACAGGCCACUUGCGAACGCGCGCCGAAAGGCUCCGGCAAGGAGUACAUCAACGAUGAGGUCAAGAGCGGUGACCUCGUUUGGGUCCCACAGGGGGAGCAGGAAGAAGUCUUCGCGAACAAUCCGCCGGGGCCGACGAACAAGGAUAUCGUCCUCGCGAAGCUCCGGCCAGGGCAAGAAAUCGACAUGGAGCUGCAUGCGAUCAAGGGUGUCGGGAAGGAGCACGCCAAAUGGAGCCCGGUCGCGACGGCCUCGUAUCGGCUACACCCGCUCAUCCUGCUCAACCCACAGAAGCCAGUGCCCACGCACCUCGCGAAAAAGUUCGCGGGCUGCUUUAGCCCCGGCGUCGUCCAGGUCGACGCGGAUGGCGAGAUAUCGAUCGACUUGCACGGUAUGCGCAAGGACAGCGUCUCGCGCGAGGUCCUCCGCCACGAGGAGUUCCAGGGCUGUGUCGAGCUCAAGCGUGUACGCGACUGGUUUAUCUUCAACGUCGAGAGUGAGGGCCCGUACGCCCCCGAGCGGUUACUGCCCGAGGCUGUCAAGGUCAUGCGCGAGAAGGUUGCAUCAAUUCGUGCUGCGGCACAGGCUCUCCUCGCGGACGCGGACGGCGACAUCCCAGGAGAGCCAAAGGGCAAGGGCGUAGAUGUCGAUGUAGAGAUGGGCGACUCAUAACGUACAUAGUAAUAUAGAUUAUUGCGCUCUGGUGUACUUGCAUGGUAUAUUCCCGUAACAAACCUGUUCACGCUC